UGCAAUUGCCAGCCACAGUCGGACAGUCCUCGGUAGCUUGCGCUCGCUGCUUCGCCUUUCGUAGGAGUUCGUAGACCUUCCUGUUCUCCCUUCUUCCGCGUACCUCUGAUCCAAAUUUCCGCCUUGCUUCCUCCUCAUAAUUCUUAUAAUCCAGGUCGCCGCCGAAUUCUUCAACUUCUUCACCUCGCCCAGCGCAGCUGCUUGAGAAAUGCUGUUUGAAGGAUCAAAUAUCUUCCCAGGUGGCAUACUACAACAAUAUGCGUGAUCCUUUUGAUGCUGAAUAUCAUGUUUCUUAUGUUGGUGGUCAGUCUCCACCAGAGCCUGUUCUUCCAGAUAUGAGACCAUCCACAGCCGGUUAUAUUCUUGGGAAUGAUGAUCCGACAUUUUGGACUACUUCGACUGAUUCGUUAGUGCGACAUCAAUUUCAAAGAGGUUCAGAUGUGAGGCUGUUAAAAGAUGAUGUCAAUAAUACCCUCCUUGAUCAUGAACUCAUGGAACUGUCCUCCAAAUCUCAGCAACAAGAAGAGGAGAUUAUGUUUCUUCGCAAACAAAUCAGAGAUGCUAGUUCCAAGGAGCUUCAGCUGUUGAAUGAGAAGCAUGUUUUAGAAAGAAAACUUUCUGAACUUAGAUUGGCAAUUGAUGAAAAGCAGGAUGAUGCUAUAUCGGACUCCAUGAAGGAUUUGACUCAAAGAAGAGGUUGUAUUGAGGAGAAUUUAAAACUAACAAAUGAUUUAAAAGUUACCAAUGAACAGCUGUAUUUAUUCACAUCGUCAUUGCUAGGCUUUUUGGGGGAGUAUAACAUACGACUUCCUGUAAUAAAUGCUUCCACAAUUACGAACAGUACACAGCGUCUUUAUCAGCAUAUGAAAUGGAAGAUUGGUUCUAAUGCUGGUAUAGGUGAGAUGCACUUGCUUUUAGGAGAUCAACCUGGCAUUGAACUCUCUGACAAUAGAAAGCUUGCCACAAUUGCCAGAAAAUCUCUUUCUCAACCCGGUUUGGAUUCUAACAUGAAUGAGUUUCAAGGAUAUGAAAAGUACCCAUUUGAUUUCCAUGCGGAGGGAACAACCAAAUUAAAACAUAUUCCACCAAUGUCCGUGAUGAAUUCCAAGGGAUUAAAUAAUACCGUUUCUGAUUUUGGUUACAAAUUCAUUAUGGAUCAGCCAAAGGAGUUACAAUCUGCAAUGUUUAAGGAUGUUGGAGGGGCCACUAUUCCCAAUGUUUUCGAAGGCAAUGCAGUCGAGGCUGAAAAUAGACGAGAGACUCCUGAUGCUCAUUUCUAUAUACCCUCCCCACUUGAGAUGCAAUCUUCUCCUUUCUCUAGAGUAGGCGAGGCCUCCUUACCUGGUAUAGAAGUAUUUCAAAUUAUUGGUGAGGCUAAACCAGGUUGCACUUUAAGAGCCUGUGGCUAUCCCACUAAUGGGACUUAUCUUUGUAUCUUUCAGUGGGUUCGUCAUCUUGAAAAUGGCACCAGGCAAUCAAUUGAAGGAGCAACUGUGCCUGAUUAUGUGGUUACUGCUGAUGAUGUUGACACUUUUCUCUCUGUGGAUUGCAUCCCAAUGGAUGAAAGUGGUCGCCAGGGUGAAUUGGUUAGUCUAUUUGCCAACAAUCAGAACAAAAUAACAUGUGACUCAGACAUGCAGCAUGAGAUUGAAACUCAUCUUUCUUCCGGAAGAGCAGUUUUUAAUGUGAUGUUGUUGAUAGAUUCUUCAGAGGCUUGGGAACAAACUUCUAUGUUUUUGAAACGAUCUGGUUAUCAGAUUAAAGUUAGCCGGACAGACCAUGUGGUGAUCGAAGAAAAGUAUUCACCAGAGUUAUAUAUUAAAGUACCAAAUGGGCAAUCUACACAAUUUGUGCUAAUUUGUUCGGAUGGAACUACCUUGCCAUUCAGUACAAGUGGAACUUCUCAACCUUAUAGCAUGGAGAAUGAUAUACGAUUGCGGGAUAUUAUUGUCUUGACCAUGAGAUACUUCCAAUCGAAGGCUGUAGAUGGUAAAAGAAAAGGGAAAGCAUAGUAGUAUCAUUCAUUGUAGAUUUCCUUCUUUUGUUUGUUUUUUAAUAUUAAUCAUUUAAAAAUAAGUUUAGAAUGUAAUGUCUAUGUAGACUGUGUUAAUAUUACACCAACUUAUACAUACUUUUUUUUUAUCUUUCUGGAUAUUGAGUUGUUUCAUAUUGUAAUAAUAAUAAAGAAAAUGAUUAAUUGGAAGAUGUGUGAAUUGAACUUUAGCCCAAUAAAUGUAUCUUAUUCAA